CCCAAGCCUGAAGUUUCAACCUGAACCCAGAUAUUGCUGCCUGAUAGCUUCAGAUCAGAUAUGGCUCCAUAGCUUCGUAUCCUCUUCAUUCUAGUUGGCAUCUAACGAGAGCCAUGGCUGCAUCGUCGCACCUAGCUGUCUGCAGUUCCCUGGCUUGCUCUCGCGUUACGAAGCUACAUUCUGAACUGCUCCCGCGGCGGCGACAGUCGUCGUUUCUGCUCUCCUUAUCUCAAUCCGAUGACUCGUUUAAGCAGCCGUCCGCAUUUCGCGGAGCAAGCCUCCGCGCGACCAAGGGGUUUUCCGAGGAAGGGGAGAAGGGGAAGCGAGGGCCAUCAGUGCAGAAAAUAGAGGAGGAAGAAGAGGAGGAAGAGGGGGGGGAGUGGGAGGAGGAAGAGGAGGGGGGGGAGUGGGAGGAUGAGAUUGACGAAUUAGAAGAAGGGGAAGAAGUGGAUUUGGAGGGAGGAGAGCUAGAGGAGGAGGAGGGGGGGGAGGACGAUGGUGAUGAUGACGUUGUACAGAUGGCAGCAGCGGAUUGGGAGAGAGCAGCCAUGGCGGUGGUGGUGGAGGCGAUAGAGAAGCAGGAGAAGGACGAGAGCCGGCGCAAGGGAUGGCGCCGGCGACGGGAUGUAGUGGAAGAGGUACCGGAGCAUCUGCUGCCUCGAGUGGCCAUCGUGGGUCGUCCCAACGUGGGCAAGUCAGCUCUCUUCAACCGACUAGUGGGGCGCAACAUCGCCAUAGUGCACGACGAGCCCGGGGUGACGAGGGACCGGCUGUACGCGCGUGCCCUUUGGGAGGACAGGCAGUUCCUGCUCACUGACACGGGCGGCCUCAUGGACGCCCCUAAUGCUGCUGCUGCUUCUGCUGCUGGUGCUGCUGGUGCUGCUGGUGCUGCUACUGACGGUGCUGAUGGUGCAGGUGCUGCAAGGAGGAAGGGCGGUAGAGGGGGGAGGGCAGGGCGAGGCUCGGCGUCCGGAACAGCCUUGCUGGCGCUGGCUAAGGCGGACGGUGUUGCUGUAAUCGGUGGCGGCGGGCGAUUGGCCAACGAGCGGGCGGCGAAGGAGGCUGAGGUGGCGGGUCUGCCGGAGCUGAUUGGCCGCCAGGCUGCUGCUGCCGUGGAGGAGGCAGAUGCGAUCAUCAUGGUGGUGGAUGGGCAGGCUGGCGCAACAGCUGCUGACGUGGAGAUCGCUCAGUGGCUGCGGCGCCGCCACGUGGCAAGCAGCAAGCCCGUCUUUCUGGCAGUCAACAAGUGCGAAUCGCCCACUAAGGGGCUCCUCCAAACAGCCGAGUUCUGGUCGCUGGGCCUGACCCCCAUGGCAGUGUCCGCCCUCUCAGGCACCGGCACGGGCGACCUGCUAGACGAGCUUCUGAAAGCCCUUCCCUUUCCUGAGGAGAGUGCGUCUCCCUCCUCCCUCUCCACCAUCACCGGCGGCGACUCUGCUGCCCCUGCACAGCUUGGUCGAGUGGCGCUGGCGAUUGUGGGUCGGCCCAACGUGGGCAAGAGCAGCAUCGUGAAUGCGCUGCUGGGGGAGGAGAGGACGAUUGUGAGCCCUGUCAGUGGCACCACGCGUGACGCCAUCGACUCCAAGUUCACCGGGCCGGAUGGUCAGGAGUACACUCUGAUCGACACGGCGGGGGUGAGGAGGAGGGCGGCGGUGGCAGCAGCAGGCAGCAAGGCAGAGAGCCUCUCUGUGAACCGAGCCCUGAGGGCUGUGAGGAGGGCGGAUGUAGUGGGGCUGGUGGUCGACGCCAUGCUGUGCGUCACAGAGCAGGACCUGCGUCUGGCAGAGCAGAUCGAGAAAGAGGGCAAGGGCGUGCGUGCUGAUAGUGAACAAGUGGGACACUGUGCCGGAUAAAGACGCCACCAGCACGGUCAGCUACACGGAGGAUGUGCGCCAGAAGCUCAGGUCCAUGCCGUGGGCUCCGCUGGUGUUCACGUCUGCUACAACAGGGCAAAGGGUUGCAAGAUUUUGGAAGCUGCCCGUUUUGCUGCCCAGCAGCGGGCCAAGCGCCUCACGACAGCCACUCUGAACCAAGUGGUCGGAGAGGCCGUUUCUUUUCAGCUGCUGCCCGGAGGCGGCAAGGGUAACAAGCGAGGGGAAAAUCUAC